CAACGUUUUUACAUUGUAUACAGAGCCUCCUAUAGCUCUCUCUUUAAAGCUCUGUGAUAGUUGAUAGCAAAGAAAAGAGAUAAGAAAACUGUGAUAUUGUUCAUACUAAUUAAUGGCUUCUUCUUUUUACCUUACCACUAUUGCAGCUGCAAUAGGCUUCUUUACCCUUUUGAGAAAGCUCAGUGUUCAUCAAGAUAACCAAGAAAAGAAGUCAUUUUCUUUACCUCCUUCAUCUCCAUCUCCGUUGUCUCUUUCAUCAGUUCCUCCAUCUUCUUUACCUCCUUCAUCUACAUCUUCAUUGUCUCCUUCAUCAGUUCCUUCACCUGCUUUGUCUUGCAUCUGGACGCACCAAGUCUUUCCCAGCUUCCGCGGUGAAGAUGUCCGUAGAGACUUUCUCAGUCACAUUCAGAUGGAGUUUCAAAGAAUGGGAAUCACUCCGUUUAUUGAUAAUGAGAUGAAAAGAGGAGAAUCCAUUGGUCCCGAGCUUAUUCGGGCUAUUAGAGGGUCUAAGAUCGCUAUUAUCUUGCUCUCUAGGAACUACGCUUCUUCAAAAUGGUGUCUUGACGAACUUGUGGAGAUUAUGAAGUGCAGAGAAGAGUUAGGUCAAACUGUGAUGGCCGUUUUUCAUAAAGUGGAUCCAUCUGAUGUCAAAAAGCUGACCGGAGAUUUUGGGAAAGUCUUUAGAAAAACUUGUGCCGGUAAAUCAAAGGAGGACAUUGGAAGAUGGAGACAAGCUUUGGCAGAAGUGGCAACGAUUGCUGGCUAUCAUUCAAGCAACUGGGAUAAUGAAGCCGCCAUGAUCAAGAAAAUUGCCACUGAUAUUUCGAACAUAUUGAUUAAUUCCACACCAUCAAGAGAUUUCGACGGGUUUGUUGGGAUGAGAGCUCAUUUAGAAAAGAUGAAACCGUUGUUGCGCCUAGAAUCAGAUGAAGUGAGGAUAAUUGGGAUUUGGGGUCCUCCUGGGAUUGGGAAGACCACAAUUGCCAGAGUUCUAUACAACCAAUUCUCCAACAGUUUCCAACUGAGUGUCUUUAUGGAGAAUAUCAAAGCAAACUAUGCAAGACCAACAGGCUCCGAUGACUACAGCGCGAAGUUGCAACUACAGCAAAUGUUUCUGUCUCAAAUAACGAAGCAGAAGGAUAUGGAGAUUCCUCAUUUAGGAGUUGCCCAAGAUAGGUUGAAAGACAAGAAAGUUCUGGUCGUUCUUGAUGGGGUGAACCAGUCAGUACAACUAGAUGCCAUGGCGAAAGAAACUUGGUGGUUUGGUCCUGGGAGUCGAAUCAUCAUUACAACACAAGAUCAGAAACUUUGUAAAGCACAUGGGAUUAACCAUAUUUACAAAGUGAAUUUCCCGCCAGAUAAAGAGGCUCUUCAAAUCUUCUGCAUGUAUGCUUUUGGUCAAAAUACCCCUAAAGAUGGUUUUAAGAAGCUUGCUUGGAAAUUUAUAAACCUUGCUGGUAACCUCCCUUUGGGGCUAAGAAUUAUGGGCUCCUAUUUUAGGGGAAUGUCAAAGGAAGAGUGGAAAAAGUCACUACCAAGGUUAGAGACUAGCCUUGACGCUGAUAUUCAGAGCAUUUUGAAGUUCAGCUAUGACGCUUUAGAUGACGAAGAUAAAGAUUUGUUUCUUCAUAUAGCAUGUUUUUUCAACCACGAAGAGAUUAAGAUAGUGGAAGAGCAUCUUGCAAAGAAGUUUGUGGAAGUAAGGCAAAGACUUAACGUCUUGGCUGAGAAAUCUCUCAUAUCUUUUAGCAAGUAUGGAAAAAUAGAGAUGCAUAGUUUGCUAGCAAAA